UGUAGAUUGAAUGGUACUGAAUAUCAGUGCAGGUGUGAGGAUCAGUAUUUCUGGCCAUGUGAAAAGUGCACAGUAUAUGGGUCUUGUGAUGAACACAACAAUGCCUCAUGUGGCUGCAUCAAUGUUAUUCCAAAUGAUGGACACUUCUGCCAACCAAUCAGUGAGCUGUCUAAUAACUCUACUUGUCCAGCUGUCACACCCACAGUACCUCCUCUACCCACCCCACUGACACAGUCUGCUGAAAUCACAGUCAUCGAAACAACUGCUGUAACAACAAGCAACACAACUCCACCCACCACAUCCACAGCCAACACAACUGCUGCAAUGAAAACCAACACAACUACACCUGAAACAACAACUGCUUUAACAACAGCCAACACAAAUACAGCAACCACAUCCCCAGCCUACAUAACAACUACUGCCACAAUAGCCAACACAAUUACAACCACCACAUCCACAGCCUAUGUAACGACUGCUGCCACAACAGCCAACACAAAUACAGCAAUCAUAUCCACAGCCUACAUAACAACUGCUGCCACAACAGCCAACACAAUUACAACCACCACAUCCACAGCCUACAUAACGACUGCUGCCACAACAGUCAACACAAAUACAGCAACCAUAUCCACAGCCUACAUAACAACUGCUGCCACAACAGCCAAUACAAUUACAACCACCACAUCCACAGCCAACACAACAACUGCCUCAAUGACAACCAACACAACUACGCCCAAAACAACAACAACUGCUGCAACAACAACCAACACAAAUACCGCAACCACAUCCCCAGCCUACACCGUUGCUGCCACAACAGCCAACACAAUUACAACCUCCACAGCCAACACAGCAACUGCUGCAAUGACAACCAACACAACUACACCCGAAACAACAACUGCUGCAACAACAACCAAUACAAAUACAGCAACCACAUCCAUAGCCUACAUAACAACUGCUGCAACAACAGCCAACACAAAUACAGCAACCACACCCACAGCCUACAUAACAACUGCUGCCACAACAACCAACACAAAUACAGCAACCACAUCCACAGCCUACAUAACAACUGCUGCAACAACAGCCAACACAAAUACAGCAACCACACCCACAGCCUACAUAACAACUGCUUCCACAACAGCCAACACAAUUACAACCACCACAUCCACAGCAAAUACAACAAUUGCUGCAAUGACAACCAACCCAACUACACUCGAAACAACAACAACAACUGCUGCAAUGACAACCAACACAAAUACAACCACCAUAUCCACAGCCAACAUAACAACUGCUGCAAUGACAACCAACGCAACUACACCAGAAACAACAACAACAACAACAACUGCUGCAACAACAACCAACACAAAUACAGCAACCACAUCCCCAGCCUACAUAACAUCUGCUGCCACAACAGCCAACACAAAUACACCUAGGACAAACACAGCCAACUCUACAACUGCUGCAACCUUAACCAAAACUGAUACACCUACCACUUCCACAGUCAAAACAACAACUACUGCAACACCAUCAACAACCACCAAAUCCACAUCCACCACAACCACAUCCACUACAUCCGCAGGCAUAUAUGUAUUAAGCUUCUCACUGGCUAUGAAUGAAGAAUUUGACUUUGCACUCACUGAUCAACAUAGUGCAAAAUACCAAGAAUAUAAAACAAGAAUUGAAAGUUCAAUUGAUGGUAGUUACAGAAAUGUAUCUACCUACCAGGCCAACUCUGCGAAGGUGACUGGAUUCAGGCCUGGAAGUGUGAUGGCAGACUUUACUAUUAAAACAACAAGUGAUAACCUUAAUUUGGUAUCAGCAAAUCAACAGCUUGCUAUCAAUCUCCAUUCAGAGGGAUUUAAUGUGAGCGAAACUGCAUUCAGUCAAAGUGUGAAAGAUGGACUAUAUGAGAGCAAUGUCAAUAUAUAUCCUGAAACAAAUCUCAUCCUGACUUGCAAUCCUCCAGUGAAUAAUGGCAUAAAAUGGACCAUGAAUGGGAAAAAAUUACAGCCAUCGGAUAAGUAUGUAAUUAAUACAAUUGGACUCACUGUGAAUAAUGUCACUCCCAGUGACAGUGGUCAAUAUGCAUGCACAACAACAGUAAACUCAAUGCCCUAUGUUAUCUGGCAAACCAUUACAAUUCAGCCAUACCCCAAUAUCCAAGUGAAUAGUGGCAAAGUUGUAAAAUGCGAGGACACAGUAAUCGCACUGCAGUGUUGUGUUCAGGGGAGUUAUGAAGUGAAAUGGACUGACCCUGUAGCUUGCAACUCAACUUCAACAGUCCCACUGAAAGGCUGCACAUUAUGUGAAUAUAAAAUUAACAAGCAGGACUGCCAGUCUACUGACCAAGUUAUACUGGUCACAUGUCAACUCACAUCACCUAUCAGUGGAAGUACAACUCAAAGUUACAAUUCAAAGAGCAUCAAAAUAGAUGUCAUAAAAGGGGCAUUUACCUGCUCUGAUAGUGUAUUUGGAGCUGGAAAUCUGGGAGACGAACACAUUGGUGACUGUAAUGGAAACAUGGUUGGGUCUCAAAAGGCUAAGUGUAAUUCAUCAGGCCUCUGGGACCCCAUAGAAAACAACUGUGUUCUGCGCAUCAUUCAAAAUUUAAAAGAUGAAGCUAAGGCAAUUCUUUAAAGAUUACUUCCAUGAAGGAUAAUGAAAAAAAUUAUUUUAGUUAUGUGGUUUCUCUUCGGUUCUUCAUAACAAUU